AUGCGCUUCAACUGGUUUCUUCCCGCCCUGGCUCUCGGCGCCAGGGUUCUCGCGCAGGAAGACUUAGAUAGUCCGGAUGAGAUCGAAUCCAAGCGCUUCAUCGUCGAGUUCACGACUGGAACCCAAACCAAAGCCAAACGCGACGAACUCUCCUCCCAAGAAGGCAUCAAAGUCCUCAAAACAUUCGACUCGUCCAUCUUCUCCGGCGCCUCCCUCGAAACAGACACCCACAACCUCGACUCCCUCCUCUCCCUCCCCGCCGUCGCCCGCGUCUGGCCAAACAGCAAAGCCAACCUCGUCGCGCCCGUCAAGCGCCAGGUCGCGGCCGACCCCUCCGCCGCGGCCCAGCACGCCGUCCACUGGGCCACCGGCGUCGACGCGCUCCACGCCCAGGGCGUCCUCGGCUCCGGCGUCAAGGUCGGCGUCGUCGACACGGGGAUCUGGUACGCCCACGGCGCCCUGGGCGGCGGUUUCGGCCCCGGGUUCAAGGUCGCGGGCGGCCGGGACCUCGUGGGCGACGAGUGGGUCGCCGGCGGCCCCAAGACGCCGGACGACGACCCGGUCGAUCAGCAGGGCCACGGCACGCACGUCGCGGGGAUCAUUGCGGGCGAGUCCGCGGCCACGGGGUGGAAGGGCGUCGCGCCGGGGGCGAGUCUGUACGCGUAUAAGGUCUUCGGCCCCGGCGACGGGACGGACACGGCGACGCUCAUCGAUGCGUUUCUGAAGGCGUACGAGGACGGGAUGGACGUCAUUCACGCCAGCGUCGGGGGCCGGGGCGGGUUCGCGGAGAACGCGUGGGCGGUGGUGGCGAGCAGGAUCGCGGCGGAGGGGGUGGUGGUCACCAUCUCCGCGGGCAACUCGGGCAACGGGGGCGCGUAUUACGCGAGUUCCGGCAGCUCCGGGGAGAACGUGAUUGCGGUGGCGAGCGCGGAGGUGAAGAGGAACGCGAGCGGCGAGGAGGUGAUUCAGCCGUCGUACUUUACGAGCUGGGGCGGGCUGUAUGAUUUGUCCGUCAAGCCUGAUAUCUCUGCUCCCGGGACGGAUGUGUUUAGUACGUGGCCCGGCGGGGAUGAUAAUCAGUUCGUGUUGCUGAGCGGGACGAGUAUGGCCGGGCCGUAUGUUGCUGGUGUCGCGGCGUUGUACAUCUCCAAGCACGGCGGGAAGAGCGUCCAUGGGAAGGGCUUCGCGAAGGAUUUCGCGAUGCGGGUUAUCUCGACUGGGUCGUCGCUGCCGUGGUUGCUGUACGGCGGGGGAUCCGAUCCGGCGUACCGGGCUCCGUCGCAGCAGGUCGGGGGCGGGUUGAUCGAUGCGAAGAGGGUGCUUGACUACCGCACGAGUCUCGAGCUGAAGAGGUUCGGGUUGAACGAUACGGCGAACUUCCGGGCGAGCCAGGAGGUUGUGGUCCGGAAUGGGGAGAAUGCGACUGUGAGGUACGAGUUUGAGGUCGAGAGCUGGGCUGGGUUUGAGAUGUUGAAGGCGUUUGAUGCGAGGGAUCCGGGGGAGACCCCGAGGAUGAGGUAUCGGCCGGAGAUGGUCCCUUCUGACAUCACCGUGAAGGCGGCUGCUCCAGAGGCGUUUGAACUGUUGCCUGGAGAGACGAGGAAGGCGGAAUUCGUGUUUGAGGUUCCGCAGGACGUCAACCAGACUGCACUCCCUGCUUACGGUGGUAGAGUCGUCGUCAAGGGAAGCAACGGUGAGACGGUCGCCGUGCCGUUCCAGGGGCUUGCGUUCGAUCUGCAGGAGCAGAUGCAGAGUCCUUUCCACGGCACGUACCCCUGGUUGAGGUCGACCAGCGCCUACAGUAACAAGACGACCUUUAACCUUAGCCUCGCCAGCGGAUCGCAGGACUUUCCCAUGUUGUUUAUGAAGCUUAAAUGGGGCACGAGAGAAGUCCGGUGGGAUAUCUACGAGUCCGGGUUCGAUAACGAGCGAGAUUGGGAGUACCCUCCCGUCCCUGGACAGAAGGGAUACAUCGGCUCCGCGACGUCGUGGUCCAGCGCUGGCAGCGUUUCGAGCUUCAACCCCGCGCGGCACGACGCGAAUGAUACUUUCUCGUUCCCUGUGACUGAUCAGGGGAGGAACGCGUUGACGACGGGCGGGUUUACCACGACUUACUAUUGGUUUGGGAAGAUGGCAGACGGAAGCCAGAUUGCGCCUGGCGAGUAUAGCAUGAGAUUCGCGGCAUUGGUACCAUUUGCCGACCCCUUGAAGGCGAGCAGUUGGAAGGGUUUGACGACUGAUUUCACCAUCCUACCCAGAAAUUGGACUUUUGCUCAGAGAAGGUGGCACACUUGA